UUUUGCACGGAUUUGAUACAACGAGAAAGGAUCGUACGAGCAUCAUCUUCGUUCCAUUUGCGGUUCACCGGCGCAGCUCCGAUCAGGUUUUUAUUCGCUGAAAAUCUUCGUCCCAUGGCGCAAAAGCUCAAGGUUCUCAUCAUCGGAGGAACUGGUUACAUCGGAAAGUUUAUAGUAGAAGCCAGCGCCAAAGCAGGUCAUCCAACUUAUGCAUUGGUUCGGGAAUCCACGCUUGCUGACUCCGCCAAGUCUUCGAUUAUCGAUAAUUUCAGGAGCUUGGGAGUCAAUUUCCUCUUCGGCGAUAUCUUCGACAAUGAGAGUCUGGUUAAGGCAAUAAAGCAAGUUGAUGUGGUGAUAUCCACCGUUGGUCGGGCUCUGUUAGCCAAUCAAGAUAAGAUCAUAUCUGCUAUCAAACAAGCUGGUAAUGUGAAGAGAUUCUUACCCUCAGAAUUUGGCAACGAUGUGGAUCGUGUCCACGCAGUGGAGCCGGCAAAAUCAAUGUUUGCUGCUAAGGCUGAAAUUCGUAGGGCUAUUGAAGCAGAGGGAAUCCCCCAUACGUUUGUUGUAUGCAAUUUCUUCGAUGGUUACUUUCUUCGCAACUUUUGUCAGCCAGGAGCCACCGAUCCACCAAGAGACAAAAUCAAAAUCAUUGGGGAUGGUAGUCCCAAAGUGAUAUACAACAAGGAAGAAGACAUUGGCACGUACACCAUCCGAGCCAUCGAGGAUCCAAGAACGCUCAAUAAGAUCUUGUACAUUAGACCUCCUGCCAACAUCUACUCGACUAACGAGCUAGUCUCGCUGUGGGAGAAAAAAAUUGGCACGACUCUUGAACGGAUCUACGUUCCUGAAGAGGAGCUAUUGAAGAACAUACAAGAGGCUCCAUUUCCACUAAACACAGUAUUGGCUAUUAGUCAUACUGCAUUUGUGAAGGGCGAUCAUACCAACUUUGAGAUUGAACCAUCAUUUGGAGUGGAAGCUUCAGAGCUAUACUCAGAUGUUAAAUACACAACUGUGGAAGAAUACCUCAACCAGUUUGUUUAGAGAGAUAACGACCCUCUACUUUGUUUAGCGGGUACGCAGCUGUUUGUUUCGUAAUCCAACCAUGAGAAAUACAUGAUAUUUAGAAUGAUAAUUAAUGUCUUGUCCACUUAGC